GUUACAUUUGUAAGAAAAGCAACAGUAGAGAGAUUCAAUUUUCUGCGCAAAAAUGGGUGCAACUGGAAUUUGUCUUGUCUCCCUGAUUGCAUUAUGUCUCCUCCAUAGCGUUUUAGCUGAGACCAGGCACUAUAAAUUUGAAAUCAAAAUGCAAAAUGUGACAAGACUAUGCCACACCAAGAGUAUGGUUACAGUGAACGGAAAAUUCCCAGGCACUCGCAUUGUGGCAAGGGAAGGUGAUCGUCUUGAAAUCGAGGUGAUCAAUAAUGUCCAAAACAACAUCUCCAUCCAUUGGCAUGGAAUUCGACAGCUUCGUAGUGGAUGGGCAGAUGGACCGGCAUAUAUAACACAAUGUCCAAUUCAAACUGGUCAGAGAUAUGUGUAUAACUUCACUAUAGUUGGCCAGAGAGGAACUUUUUGGUGGCAUGCACAUAUUUCAUGGUUGAGAUCAACUGUUUAUGGUCCAAUAAUCAUUCUUCCAAAGAAAACUACUCCUUAUCCAUUUGCCAAACCCCACAAAGAAGUUCCUAUCCUCUUUGGAGAGUGGUUCAGUGUAGACACUGAAGCUAUAAUUGCCCAAGCUUUGCAAACAGGUGGAGGUCCAAAUGUUUCUGAUGCUUACACUAUCAAUGGACUUCCUGGCCCUUUGUAUAAUUGCUCCAGCAAAGAUACUUUUAAGCUGAAGGUGAAACCUGGAAAAACUUACCUUCUUCGAUUGAUCAAUGCUGCCCUUAAUGACGAUCUUUUCUUCAGCAUUGCAAAUCACACUUUCCGAAUUAUCGAUGCUGACGGAGUUUAUGUUAAACCCUUUGAAACAAAUACACUUAUUAUUACACCAGGACAAACCUAUAACGUUCUUCUCAAAACUAAACCUCAUUUUCCUAAUGCCACAUUUUACAUGACUGCUCGGCCAUAUGUGACAGGUCCUGGCACAUUUGACAACUCCACAGUUGCUGGAAUUUUAGAGUAUGAAUCAAAAUUAAAACCCCAUUUGAGAAGUCUACCACUCUUUAAGCCAUUAUUACCGGCUCUCAACGACACAAAUUUUGUCACCAAUUUUACAAGUAAAUUAAGAAGUCUCGCGACUUCUCAAUUCCCUGCUAAUGUACCUCUAAAUGUCGACAAACAUUUGUUUUUCACAGUAGGUCUUGGAACAAGUCCUUGUGAUCAAAACAAAACUUGCCAAGGACCUAAUGGCACAAAAUUCUCAGCUUCAAUCAAUAAUGUGUCACUUAUACUACCUACAACUGCACUUCUCCAAUCUCAUUUCUUUGGGCAAUCCAAAGGUGUAUACAAGCCUGAGUUUCCUUAUAGUCCUUUAAAUUGGUUUAACUAUACCGGAAACCCUCCAAAUAACACCCUAGUUAACAAUGAUACAAAACUCAUGGUUUUACCAUUUAACACUAGUGUAGAGCUAGUAAUGCAAGAUACAAGCAUUCUUGGUGCUGAAAGUCAUCCUCUUCAUCUUCACGGAUUCAACUUCUUUAUUGUUGGCCAAGGGUUUGGGAAUUUUGACCCUAAUAAGGAUCCAUCAACUUUCAACCUUGUUGACCCUAUUGAGAGGAACACUGUGGGUGUCCCUUCUGGUGGUUGGGUUGCUAUUCGAUUUCUUGCCGAUAACCCAGGAGUAUGGUUUAUGCAUUGUCACCUGGAAGUUCACACAAGUUGGGGAUUGAGGAUGGCAUGGUUGGUUCUUGAUGGAAAACUUCCAAAUCAAAAGUUGCCUCCUCCACCAAUGGACCUUCCCAAGUGUUGAGAAAUUAAACUCGUGCAAUUUUUGUAUCUCUCAUUUUUUUUCCUCGAUUGUUGAUGCUUGUUUCGGUUUUGUAAGUUGGUGGAUAUCUUUUGUAUUUCCUUUUCUUAUCCGUUCGCAUACGUUCUUUUUAUUUGAUUGCGUAAGAGAUGGUUGAGAUUUUUUGUAAAUUCAAAACUGUGGGUCGCUUUAGCUCAUUUCACACCCAUUAAGAAAACAAUAAAUACAAGGUAUAUUUUACUAA